UGGCUCCUUGGGCCGGCGCGGUGACCAAUGAGAGAGUGAGAGCGAGCAUCAUGCAAAUGAGCAGGUGUGCCGAGGAGGCGGCUGCCUCGAGCGGGGCCGGCUCAGGACCAAGCUAGUAAGCGGAGCGACCGCAGCGCUUGGAGCACUCGGGCCCGCGCUCCGACGUUUCCUCCGCGGCCAUGGCCACCGAACCGCCGCCGCCACCGCCGUCGUCUCCGGCGCUGUUCUCGGCCGCUGAAGUGCAGCGGCGCUGCGCGGCCGGAGCCUGCUGGGUGCGGCGCGGCACCCGACUCUACGACCUCACAGGCUUCGUGCGGCGCCACCCGGGGGGCGAGCAACUGCUGCGGGCGCGCGCGGGCUGCGACGUGAGCGCCGACCUGGACGGGCCGCCGCACCGGCAUUCGGACAACGCACGCCGCUGGCUGGAGCAGUACUACGUGGGCGAGCUUCGCGGCCCCACGCAGGAUUCUCAGGAGAAUGAAACUAUGGCCUAUGCCAAUGCUAGGGGUCCAAUUCCCAAUAUGGACCCAAGGUGCAAAUCAGUGGAUUUUGAGAAGGAUCUGGUUGACUGGCAAAAACCUUUGCUAUGGCAGGUGGGCCACUUGGGAGAGAAGUAUGAUGAGUGGGUGCACCAGCCUGUGGAUAGACCCAUCCGCCUCUUCCACUCAGAUUUCCUAGAAGCCUGUUCCAAGACUUCUUGGUAUAUUGUUCUCGUUGUCUGGUUCCCAUUGGUGGUGUACUUCAGCUGGUUCUACUACAGAGCCCUGGCUCAGGAGAAUGUUCGACUCUUCUCAUCAUUCACCACAGAGUAUGCCAUCCCUGUGUCCAAGUAUGUAUUCCCAUUAUUCUUUGUUGUUGGGCUAUUGUCAUGGAGUGCCGUAGAGUACGUCCUCCACCGCUUUCUGUUCCAUAUGAAGCCACCUGCCAGCAACCAUUACCUCAUCAUGUUUCAUUUCCUCAUCCAUGGCCAGCACCACAAGUCCCCAUACGAUGACUCCCGGCUGGUCUUCCCCCCUGUGCCUGCCUCCGUGGUGGUUGUCUUCUUGUACCUACUGCUUGGCCUCCUCCUGCCUGAGGCCAUUGCAGGAAUUAUCUUCACGGGAGGCCUCCUUGGCUACAUCAUCUAUGACAUGAUGCACUACUACCUACACUAUGGGUCGCCAUCUAAGGGCACCUACCUUUACGAGAUGAAAGUCUACCAUGUCAAGCACCACUUUGAAUACCAAAAGUCAGGGUUUGGUAUCUCCUCCAAGAUCUGGGACAGAUCCUUCCACACCCUUAUUCCAGAGACCUCGGAGAAGGAGCAGUAACGCCUCCCCAGACCCUCUGCUUUUUUUUCUUCCCAAUGCCAUGCUUUCCUCCCUCUUGGCUAAUACUUCCUCCCCUCACCCUUUAGCUGGUGACCCCUGCAGGAUGGCUGGGGCACUGGUUGGGUCAGCCUCCGUGGCCCAAUGAGAGGUGGUAGUGAUUCCCCAAGGAAAAGAGGGACCAAUGCCUUCCUAACAAAUCCCAGAAAAGUGAAGAAGUUGUUCUCCUCAAGACUCCAUUCAGGGAGUGAGAAAUUCCAAGUCGCAGGUGGAAUGCUCUCAUGGAAGCCUGCCCGUCUGAGAGUCAUUGUGAUACUGAUGGCCCCAAUGGUGCACUGUGGCCUCAGUCCUGCAGCUGUAGUCCUGAACCCUGAAUCCAGUGAGCUGCAAGCCUAGAGAGGGGUGAAGGAAACAGAGCCCAUGGGAAGAAGAGCAAGGAGCUGCCUUGGGAGAGAUGGGCAAGAAGGACUGACCUUUAAUCCCUUCAAAGCCUCAAGUGCCUAGGCCUCCCUUGUAAGAGAUCCCAAUGAUAGCCAGGCCAUUAGCCUCCAUGCUGCAAGAGCCAGAGCAGCUGGGGGCUUCUCUCCAGCUCCCCUACUUCUCCUCCCCCCAACCUCUCUUUCAUUCCCUUUCAAGUGGAGGGACAGGCGUCUCCAUCUGCUCUCCUGUUCAGGGAGGUGGGAGAGGAAGGCCUGAAGCAUAUGAAGGGUUCUCACUCAUUGCCCAUGUUUUCCUGUGGAUAACUCCCUCAGGACCUAGGUCUGAGGUUAGCUCUGCCAACUGCCUUGAGCAGCUACCAACCACAAGUGCCAAUUGUAAAGCCAAGUAAGUGCCUCAUAGACUGAUAGCCCUAGAGCCUGGCAGGCAUUCAGGAAAAAGCCUGGGAACCAUCCAUACAUCCCCUUCUGGGGACAAUGAAAGCUGGACCUCUUCAGAAGAAGUGUCCAGAGGUGCUGGACAUCAGCUGCAAGGCUAGCCAAAGAUAUCGCCCUUUUGCUGAGGUCACUGACACUAUCAUGAAAAGUUCUCCUCCUCCUCCUCCUUGGAGGACCCCUGACCCAUUGAGAGGCAGACAUUCCCACCAUUCUGUUGGGAAGGUGAAGGGACCACUAUGCCUUCUUUCCUCCUCCUGCCUUUUCCCAGGCAAAUCUAGCAUUUGGCAAGUCUCCUCACUUCCUAGUGCCCCAGUCACUGUCUUCCCAGCUUCCCUUACCAUUAUUAUCACCCAAGUGUGCCGAGAUGGGUCACCAUGUGAAUUGGCAUCUUGGGGCUUCAUCUUCCCUUCUUCCCCAGCUCCCCAACUGGCUCUCCUCCCUCUGUUCCCUGCUUCAGGCCCAUGACAUGAAGCACCCUACUCUUCCUCCUAACCAGACCCCUCACUGCUUUCCAGUGAGUCUUAUUUAUAAGUCAUUUAAAAUUCUCCUGGACCAAGUUAGGGCUUCACGCUAUCUCUCCUAACCCCAGGUGUGGAUCCCACAUAAGUUUCCUUGUUCUUGUUCUUGUCCUUUUUCCUAUUCCCAUCCUCAAACGGUUAGUGUUUGGAAGUUAAAAAAAAACCAAUGAGUAUCAAAAGACAUGGUUUGGGCUGAUCAUGUGAUUUCUAAUGUUUACCAAGGAGAUAUUUAAAGGUUUUGGAAGAAGUCUAUAGAGCUGUAGUUGUGAAAUAAAGAUGUAAAUAUCGUUUAUUUUGAAAAAUAAAACUUUAAAAAAUCCUUCAAAUCAAACAACAAAA